GCCUAUUUCACUCGCCUGAUAAGUAUUUUCCCGCCGCGAAAGAGGCCGAUUUGGGAUCGCUGCUCGCGCGGAGGGGCUGGGAGCGAGACGGCGGGAGAGAGAGGGAGCUAGCCAGGCCCCGGCUACAAACGCGACCCCGCUGGAGUUGCUCGGCAGAUCAGGCGCGGCUGCCCUCGGCGGGGGCGAAGCUGUAGCAAUGGCUGGUGGCUCCGUAGCCGGAGUCGAGCCUCGGCGCCUGAGGCGGAGCCCGGAUUAGGAAAAGCUGCUGCGGCGGCGGCAAUAAUUUCCGCCAUCCCCUCAUUUACCUCAGCCUCCCCGCCGUGAGGAAAGGCCUUUCGCGCCCUCUUCGCUUUCCUUUCCUGGCUGGGUGGGGAUGAGGCGGCAGCCCGGCGGAGGAGGCGGUGGCGGAGGGGGUAGCAGCAGCGCCGGCAGCGGCGCGGGCGGCGACAACAACGACACCGACGACACCGACUUGGAGGGGCGGCCCCCCGCCUAGCCCGGCCCCACUCCCCCUCAUUCCCCACAGGCUCCCCUCGCCGGGCCUGAAGCGGCGGAGGAUGUCGGAGGAGCCUGAAGAGGACAAAAUGAUCAAGGAAACUUCUAUUUUAGAAGAAUACCAUAUUAACUGGACUCAGAAGCUGGGAGCUGGUAUCAGUGGUCCAGUAAGAGUCUGCAUGAAAAAAUCGUCUCAAGAACGGUUUGCACUGAAGAUCCUUCUCGAUCGCCCUAAAGCUAGAAAUGAGGUCCGGCUGCACAUGAUGUGUGCGACGCAUCCCAAUAUUGUCCAGAUUAUCGAAGUUUAUGCGAACAGUGUGCAGUUCCCUCACGAGUCAAGUCCAAGGGCUCGGCUCCUAAUUGUAAUGGAGAUGAUGGAAGGGGGCGAACUGUUUCACAGAAUCAGCCAACAUCGGCACUUUACUGAGAAGCAAGCAAGCCAAGUAACAAAGCAGAUAGCUUUGGCUUUGCAACACUGUCAUUCUUUAAACAUUGCGCACCGAGACCUCAAGCCUGAGAACCUUCUUUUCAAGGAUAAUUCUUUGGAUGCCCCAGUGAAGCUGUGUGACUUUGGAUUUGCGAAGGUGGACCAGGGUGACCUGAUGACACCGCAGUUCACUCCUUAUUACGUAGCACCUCAGGUACUAGAGGCACAGAGAAGGCAUCAGAAAGAGAAAUCUGGUAUCAUUCCUACCUCGCCAACGCCCUACACUUACAAUAAGAGCUGUGACUUAUGGUCCCUGGGUGUCAUCAUUUACGUGAUGCUGUGCGGCUACCCACCUUUCUACUCUAAGCACCACAGUCGGACAAUUCCCAAGGACAUGCGGAAGAAGAUCAUGACGGGGAGCUUUGAAUUUCCAGAGGAGGAAUGGAGCCAGAUCUCUGAAAUGGCAAAAGACAUGGUGCGCAAGCUGCUGAAGGUGAAGCCGGAGGAAAGGUUGACAAUAGAAGGUGUCCUGGACCAUCCUUGGCUGAACUCCACGGAGGCUCUUGAUAACAUUUUGCCCUCUGCCCAGUUAAUGAUGGACAAGGCAAUGGUUGCUGGGAUUCAGCAGGCACACGCCGAGCAGCUGGCCAACAUGAGGAUCCAGGAUCUCAAAGUCAGCCUCAAGCCCCUCCAUUCUGUCAACAACCCUAUCCUGCGCAAGAGGAAGCUGCUGGGAACGAAACCAAAGGACAGCGUGUAUAUCCACGAUCCAGAGAACAGCAGUGAAGACUCCAAUGUCGCCCUGGAGAAGCUCCGUGACGUGAUUGCCCAGUGCAUCCUGCCACAGGCUGGUAAAGGUGAGAACGAAGACGAGAAGCUGAACGAGGUGAUGCUGGAAGCCUGGAAAUACAACAGGGAGUGUAAAUUGUUGCGAGACACGCUGCAGACCUUCAGCUGGAAUGGCAGAGGAUUCACAGACAAAGUGGACCGACUAAAACUUGCAGAAAUUGUGAAACAAGUUAUUGAAGAACAGACAAACUCCCAUGACUCUCAGUAGCUGGAACUGCCUAUUCUUAAAGCAAAAACACCCCUCCUUUUUUUUAACCAUUUGAGAUUUCUCCUUUAAAAUGUAAAAAAGUAUUUUUAUGUAAAUUAAUAAAUCACAAUUAUUUCAUUUAAAUUUUCAUGCAGCUUGAGAAAUGCUGUAUAGAUGUAGAUAACGAGAAUCAUUGGUACUGUAAUAUUUUUUUAAAAGCUCAGUUCCUCAGAAUAUAUAUAUAAAUAUAUAUAUAAAUAUAAUUUUUAUGUGCCGUUUAACACAUGACUGUUAGUCGGGGCAAAUUAUGAUUGUCUUCUUUUCAAUAACCAGAUGCUGUCUUCUCUCCCUUCAGCUGCCUGUAUCAAAUAAUUAACAGCCUGUAUCACUUAGCCUUGUUCUACUUCUGCCCGUUGCAUUCAGCUCAGUAAAUUACUUGAACUUAGCACUGAAGGAUACGAACAGCAUGAUUGUCCUUUGUAACUUUUCUUCCAAGGCAGCUGCUUUGACGGCAGAAGAGCUGGCUGUGGAGGGUGACCCCAAGAGCCUCUAGUCACUGCAGAGGCAGCCUGCCUGCCCCUGGGUCUCUGAGUUUCAUGCUGCCCCUCUGCCCCACCCACCCCGCUUCUGAAGCUGAAAAAAGGACAGAAACCGGCCCUCUAAUCUGGAUAGGUUGGUUUUCUUCCUUUCCUUUUUUUUAAAAAAACAAAUUCAUUUAACAAAGAUCUGUACAUAUUUCUAGUUUUUUAUCUUACGACAUGUUUGCGUUUUACGACUUGACUGAUGACGGUUUUAUAGAAUUAUUUUGGUACAAUCCCUUGUGCCGUUUAGCGCGUAAAGUGCCGCUCCAAGGCUUCUUAGGAGCUGCUGGCUUUUCAUGUGGAUACUUUUCCAUUGCUCACUUACUUCUGGGGUUGUUUACACUUGGUUUCCUGAGCCAUAUUGCCUCAUCAGUUGCUAUGCUCCAUUUUUUGUCCUUUUACUGCUAUUUAGCUCAUUGCUCACUUAGCUGCCUCUGCCCUAAUUUUGUGUAAGUCAGGACUGGAACCCUUGCCUAACAAGGAUGCUGUCUCAAUGUGUAACAGCCUUUUUCUUAGUUCUUUCCAACAAUUCCCAGUGGAAAGUAUUAAACUGGGAGGAAGGUGCAUCAAGAGGCCACCCUCCAUGCUUGUUCACAUCUAAUAAAUUGGGGCAAGGCGUAAGUACAAAACCAUGAUCUGACUUGGGCACCAGGAAACGAUUGGAGAAGCCCUUCUCUGGACAUGCCCACAAGCCAAAUGUCAAGAGAAGAUGGGCCUUCUGAAGUCUUGCUCACAGCAGGAAGCAUUAUAUUCACUGAUGCUGUGCAGAGCGAGGUUCAUAGAAUUGGAAUUGGCCCAAAGAGUCGUCUCUUUUCCAACGCCCUGCAAUGCAGAUGGAGGCGUCUACUCAGAAGAGCCAUGCUGGAGUGGAAAGAGGCUCUUGAACGCUCUUCAAAAGUUCCAGGUGAGGUGAAUCUUUACCACCAGCUUGUCAGUAGCUGCCCAGCUGGAAUUUACUUCUGUGUGGGGACAUCAAACUAUCCAGAAGCCAAUGUCUCUGGUCCUGUUCUCAGUGAAAUAAACAGCAGCAUCUUCCCUUUCGGUAUUGUUCUGCUCUGAAAAUUGGCACCCGUAUUCUUCAAGAAUGUGACACACACCUUUGUUUUGGAACCACUGUUCCUCGAUUUCCCUCCCAACGGAGGGCAUUAAGAGUGACUUGGCUUGCAGUGGUGUGGUGAAGAACUCACAACAGCGGUUGCCUUGCCAUUUUCUGCAGAAAUUCUGUGACAACUUACAUGUGCAAGGAGUAGGCUAUGCCGAAACAAGUGUGUGUGGCUUUGAGGCUGUUCUUAAAUUUCAGUGGCUGACCCCUCCCCGCUAGCAUAAGCAGUUCCCAGAAUGCUCUGUUUUCACCACUCUGGUUAACAAGAUAAGUGGGUUUAUUUUCAAAAAAUGCCUUGUUAUGCCUGCCAGCAUAUCUUAUUUUAAAGGCGGUUAAGUGGCUGAGAUCUCUGGGUUGGUUUUGGUUCUAAGUUAUGUGUUUCAUAAUACAAUACAAGGCAAGGCAGAUACUGGAUAGGGGUUUUGCUUUCAAUGGACAAGUCCACGGGGAGCGGGUUGCUGAGGAAGACUUCCUCUUGAGAAUACCAACAGCCCACUCAGUACUGCAACCACUAAGCAUGUGUAGAACCUAGGCAUGGGUAAUUUUGUUAACUUCAGAGGAAUAUUCACACAGAUUUGCCAUCACUUUUGAAGUAAACCAGGGGAGCCCUUGCAGAGCUUCAUACAUACAAAGGAAACCUCUGCAUCAGUAGCUGUUUUCUGAAUUGGAUGGACAGAAAGCAGUAAGCAAAAGGGGACAAAGUCUUGCCAAAUGAGUUGUGCAACCUUCCGUUUUUCCACCCUGGCGGCGCUUCUAGGAUAAUGUGUUUAGAGCCACCUUCCCCAACCACGUCCUCCACAUUUUUUUUGGACUGCAACUUGUAUCAUCCUUUUUUUAAAAAAAAAAUA